UUAAUCACAGACAGUCAACUGAAGCUUCUUAUUCUUAUUGUGGUUUACAUCCUUGACGUCAUCAUACUCUCGUUCAGCGUCCUUAGCAACAUCGCCAACACUACUGUAUUUCUACUGUUGGGUCUCCGUGACAGCUUCGGGAUCACGUUCUUCGUGUUGACCCUUGCGGACCUGGCCUAUGCGGUGCUCUUCCUCACACAGAUAUUACUGAGACUCGCAGCGUACGUGGGUUUGAGCUCAAGAGCGCCGCUCGUACCCGUGGCGUAUCUCAUUUCAUCUUACGGACCAAUGGCGUUUGAUAUUUCCACUGCCCUUACGGUGUUUCUAGCCGUCCAGAAAUGCUGCUGUGUGACCAUGCCACUCAAAUUUAGGAACGCCUUCACGAGGUCGAGAACUCUGGUGAUCUUAUCUAUGAUCACAUGUUUAGCAUUAGCGACCAAUCUCCCCUUUUUAGCAAGUCAAAGUCUUGUCGCAAAUUUCGAUCCAAUAACCAAUUCUUCGUCGAUGGUUCUGUGGUUCUCAAAAGAUAGACGGAUCAUCACGACAGUUCGUGAUGUUGGCAACCGAAUAGUUCUCCCAUUCGCAUCAGUUUUAGUAGUUUGCUUUUGCCUCUUUGUUUUAAUCCACAACCUCAACAUAUCCGUGAAUUUCCGAAAUUCGUUUAAACCGAACAAUGACCACAAAGUCCUCAGAAGUGAGAACCAGGUAACCAGAGCUGUCAUGAGCGUUUCGGCGAUUUUCGUUUUGUGCAAUGCGCCGGUCAUCGCCCGCGUGAUCGCAUCUCUGGUGGAACCCGAGUUUAAUGACAUGAGACGACACGGGUAUAUGUUUGUUGCCGUCGAAAACCUCAGGCACAUUUUGCAAAAUCUGAACUGUGCCAUGAACAUAUUCUCGUAUCUCAAGUUCAACACAAACUACAGAGCCCGGUUUAUUUCGUUAUUCUGUGGGGGUAAAAAUCAGUGA